AUGAGUGAAAUCUUGAAUCUUUCUUUUGGCCAGUACGCUAAUAACACCAUUACUCAUUUAUUCAAUUGUCAAGAGUCUGAAGUAUCCUAUGUUAAAAAAAAACGGCUGAAUCAUGAUUUGAACACAUUCUUGCACAAGACAAAUGCCAGCAGUGCCGCAGUAACAGGCUCAAAUUCUAAAUAUUGUCCUCGUGCAUUACUCUUUGAUUUGAGAGGAGGGUUGGGUGCAUUAAAAAAAUAUGAGUACUCAGAAUCGAUACCCAAUUUCGACAUGCCAGUAUUAAACUCAUCGGCUACAACAUGCCUUGUUAAAAAUGAAUACCAAAAAAACCUUGACAAGGGAAUUGUUUCUCCAAAUUCCCCCUUAAACUCAGGAAAUACUAAAUAUUGGACCGAUUUCAAUAAAUUAGUUUAUAAUCCCAAAUCGCUUACAACAGUACCAAACUAUAUACAUGAGCACAACCAGCCUGGGUCACAUUAUAAUUUUGCCAACCAGAAAUUCGAAACCUACAAUACUGGCCAAAACGAAUUCAAAAAUGUCCAAGCAAACGCGAUAGAAAAUUUUCGAUAUUGGCUUGAGAAGUGUGAUUUUUUGCAAGGUAUUCAAAUAGGCACAAGUUUGAAUGAUUCUUGGGGAGGCUUUUCAACAUCAAUGAUUCAAUCAAUACAAGACGAGUUUUUCAAUAACAAAGAAAACGUUUGGAUAUUUGCAUCAUUUGGACAAGAAAGCAAAAACAAAAACAAAAACAAAUCAAGAAUGAGAGCGGUUUCUGAAAUUAAGACAUUUGUUGAGCUAAUCAAUAAUCUGACCUUGUUGUUUCCUAUAAAACCCAAUUUCUCGUCGUUGACGUCAUCAUCAAUGUUGCAUAAUUUGGAUCCAGAUUCUAUUUGGCAUACGGCAGCCAUACCUGCGAUGUUCAUCAAUUCAAUAUGGGGUAUAAAUAAUCAAUAUGUCGACCAAGUUAGUAUGACAAAAUUACAAGAUAAUCUACUUCGGGGAGAAAAAACGAGGAAAAUUGUAAAUGAAAUUAAGAUUAUCAAUAGCAAUAGCAACAACAACGAAAUAAGAGAUAUGAUGGAUGUUGAUUUAUCGAAUUUGCAAGACUGGGCGUUCAAGUUGAAUCAGCCAAAGCACAACCAGAACAUAAACUUGGGUAUAUCUGGAUCCAACAAAAAGUGUUUCUCUCGAAAUUCAAUAAUGAAAAAUCCAGUUGAACCUACUUUAGACCAAAACAUAACAAACAUUUACUCGAAUCCCUGGAUAGAAAAUAUUUUGCAAAGCGAUACUUUUCCCGAUAUCCUAACAAAUGGUAAGCGCUCUCAAUUUCACAUAGAAUUCAAUGUUCACGGCGGUUUAAAAGAUUUUUUUAAACAAUAUCGGACCAUUAUUGAAAGAACGAAAAGUAGCAUCGAACUAACAGAAAUAGUUGACGACAAGAGCGAGUUAUUUGAAGAUUUAAAUAAUAUUAUUUCUAAUUAUUCAUCCGGAUUCGAUUCUGAAGACGACGACGAUUUUUACGAUUAG